AUGGCGGAAAAUUUCAACAUUCAGGUUCUCACUACAGCAGCAUACUCUCCAUGGAGUAAUGGCGUAGCUGAACGACAUAACCAAACGCUUACGAGCACAUUAUUGAAAAUUAGAGCAGAUAACAACAUUGACUGGGAAACAGGACUUAGCUGGGCCUUGAUGGCGAAAAACUCCAUGCAUAAUGAACAAGGUUUUAGUCCACAUCAGCUAGUUUUCGGUAAAAGCCCCAAUCUGCCGUCUGUUGUAAGUGACAUGCCUCCAGCAUUGGAGGGUACUUCAAUGAGCUCUGUUGUGGGAAAACAUAUCACUGCGCUGCACACUGCACGUAAAGCGUAUGCUGAAUCGGAAUGUUCUGAAAAAAUUCGUCGAGCACUGCGGAAAAAGGCGCCCUCAUCCACAGAGAAAUUUUGCACUGGGGAUAUGGUUUACUACAAGCGCAUAGACAGCCCUGAAUGGAAAGGACCAGGGGUUGUGAUUGGUCAGGACGGUGCUGUGACAUUUGUGCGACAUGGAGGUACAUGUAUCCGUGUUCAUCACUCAAGACUACAAAAAAUUACACGUCAAGCAGAGAUUGAAGAGGAUCUUGAAUUAAAGGGGUUUCAGUCUGAACAAGGUUCUGUCAGUGUGGACAAAAAUUCCAAAAAUAUUUUGGAAGAUAACUAUGAAACCUCUGAUGAUGAUUAUGGUCCAGAAGCAGGCAGCGACAAAUAUGCUUUGCAUCAACAACAGACUCUGCUCAGCAAAAUUAAGAUUGGCCAGGAGGUAAAAUUCAUGCAGAAUGGAAUUUCUCAUACAGCACAAAUCCUUAGUAGGGCAGGGAAGGUCACUGGUAAAUAUGUGCACUGGUACAACGUUCAAUUCUCUGAGCCAGGCGACAAAGCCGGUAAACAAGGAUCUGUGAAUUUGAGCAAAGUGGAUAUUCUUGAAGUUCGAAAUGUUGAAAGUUUAAGUGGUUCUUCUCAUGAUAAUGUGUUUAACAUUGAGGAUGUUUCUUUUGAUAAAGCUAAGCUGGAGGAGCUGGAAAGUUGGAAAAGAAAUGAAGUGUAUGUGGAAGUGAAAGAUGAGGGACAGCGUUGUGUGUCGACGAAGUGGAUAUGUACUCUGAAAGAAAAUGCGGAAGGGAUACAGCCGAAAGCAUGCCUUGUGGCAAGAGGUUUUGAGGAACUUGACAAAGACCUGCCAAAAGAUUCACCAACGUGUUCUUCAGAGUCGCUGCGCUUGAUAAUAGCAAUGUUUGCUCAAAAUAAGUGGCAGCCGUUUUCCAUGGAUAUCAAGACAGCAUUCUUACAAGGGUCUCUUCUUUCUAGAGAACUGUAUGUACGACCGCCAUUGGAAGCAAAUGCCGGUGGAACUGUUUGGAAGCUAAAAAAAUGUGUGUAUGGCCUGGCUGAUGCCUCUUUGUACUGGUAUACACGUGUGAAGCAGGUUAUGAAGGAGUGCGGUGGUCAGAUGUCCACUGUCGACCCAGCUGUGUUUUUUUGGCCAGACAAUAUUGGUGGUGUGAAAGGUGUAUUGGCCUGCCAUGUGGAUGACUUUAUUCUAGGAGGCAACUCGGAUUUCAUGCAAACGGUAGUGCCUGCCAUACGGUCAGAAUUGUGUGUGGGCAGGGAACAAAGCUCUUCAUUUCGAUACCUGGGGAUGGAGCUCUUACAGUUCCGUCCUGGGGAACUCUACCUGCACCAGGAAGAGUAUGCCAAAACCAUACAUCCAAUGAUUCUUACUUGGGCCAGAAGACAACAAACUGAUUCACCUUUGUCAGAAGAAGAAACCAACAUCUACCGUUCCAAAGUGGGCCAAAUACUCUGGUUAGCUCGCCAAAGCAGGCCAGAUUUGAUGUUUGACUCGUCAACAUUGGCUGCAGGGGUAAAAAAUGCAACAGUGCAAAAUGUUGUUGAACUUAACAAAGUCAUCAGGAAAAUGCAAGCUGAACGUGUUGUUCUAAAAUUUCAGCAUUUAGGCAAUACAGAGUUACAACAGCUUGUGGUAUUCAGCGAUUCCUCCUUAGGAAACCUUUCAGAUGGAGCAACUCAAGGUGGUCACCUCAUUGUGCUAAUGGGGGCUGAAAGAAAAAUUUUCACCCAUUCAUUGGCAGUCAAAACGAAUAAGGCGUGUUGUAAGGAGCACCUUGGCUGCUGA